AUGAGCGACUCGCGUCAGACGGCCCAUGUAGGCGAUGCACCAGUUUCCACCGUCGCGACGGAGGCGGAUUCUGGCAGCUACUCCUUUCUCGUCCAUUCCAACGAGACAUUGACGCAGGACCUCCCGCCCAAGGUCGAUAGCAAAGUAUACAUCCGUCAGCGCCGUCGACGAACGAGGUAUGUGUUCCUAGAUCCAUCGAGUGUCGGCAGAGACAAGAAGGUUACCAACUAUGUGUACUGCAGUCCGGAAGACCAUGCUAUCCUUGAAGCGGAAUACCGACUGAAUCCAAAGCCGGAUAAGGCCACCAGAGCAAGCAUUGUUAGCAGGGUCUCGCUGGGAGAUAAGGAAGUUCAGAUAUGGUUCCAGAACCGAAGACAGAAUGACAGGCGGAAAUCCAAGCCGAUACACCCUAAUGAACUAUCUCCAGACACGCGAGAACCCGAAAGCUCCCAAAAAGCUGUAGAUGGCAGUCCGCCGAACACGCAGGAUCAAAAUUCGAAUUCCUCUGCCCCUCACAAACACUACAAUCACACUCUGGACACACCAUCCCAGUCUCUUCCCAACAGCCAGUGCGAACACGCUACCAUCUCUUCCCAGCUUGAGAGCUCGCAAACUUCUACGUCUUCUACAAAGUCACAAACAGACAGGUGUAGCUUUUGUUCUCCCAGCAGCGAGCCGAUAGUACCCCCCCAGCUUUCCUCCGGCAAGAGGAAGCGUGCCGAUUCAGGCGUAAGUGGGUUGGGAAUUGGCGGGCUUGAGCAUGGGAGAAGGUCGCUCGGGUCCACACAUUCACCAUCUCUUCGUCUUUCUCUUUCUUUUGACGGUGAAGCGGUGGUUCGUGGCGAGGAUGAAAAAACCCCAUCACCUCCCAAGAUCCGCGAUUCCUUGAGAAUUGCAUUUUCAGCAGAUGGUGAAGCCGUCGUCCGGACAGCCGGGGAGCCGUCGCCCUCUCCACCACGGCGCCAUACAUCAACCCCCGUUUCUCUUCAGUCCCGACUUAGAAGCCUACGACGCACAAGCAGUGCUGUCUCACUCGGAACGCCUGGGUUUAAAUCGCCAGACCCCGCUAAUAUAUUUGGCAGAUCACGAGAUUCACGUAGAUGGGAGUUAUAUUGUGAUACAGACGCGCGUAGCGCUCUCUCCUCGCCUCAUAUAGGGGCAGGACCUGCGCUUGAUAGGCCCGGAGGCGCCAAACCCUCUCACAGGAGAACUUCGAAUGCAAACACACGCAUUCUAUCACCUUGUGCCAACCUUCCAAACACACUACUACCAGAUGGACCGCCUCAGAAGCGAAAGAAGCUAUCCCGCGCCGUGUCUUCGCUUGGCCGGCUAGAAACUGACCCGUUAGAUACGUCUAGUACCACCAAGCUUAGCAGUUCCCAGCGAAACCGAGGCCAGAGAUCAAAACCCAAGACAGACUUCCACAGUGGUGACUCUGAUAAGGAGAACUGGCUCCCCGGAACACAGACCGCAGGUCCCCGACGGCGUCGACCACAAUCCACAGCCCAAGCCCAGAACAGAGUCCUUCAAACAUCAGGUGAUGCUCGACGUGAGGGAAAUCGAAUCAUAGGACGAGGGUCCAUGUCUCCUCGAAAGGGCCAGGGCAGGCACAAGGAUGAUGAAUACGGUGAGAAGCCAUCCGUCCCUGGUUCAGGCUCUAACCAGGUGGAGGACUUAGACUGCAUCCAAGGCUUGCUCUCUUUAAGCCAGGGUGCUUGGAAAUGA